AUGGCAGAAGCUGGCCAGAGCACACUGUGGAUUCUGGGCUUGAGCCUCACCCUUUGCCUGGUAGUCCAGACAGCCUUAGGUGCUGUGUGUACCAAGGAGCCUCUUGUGGUCACCAAACAUGGGAUCCUCCAAGGAAAGCAGAUCCAUGUGGGAAAGACACCCGUCCAUGUCUUCCUUGGAAUCCCCUUCUCCAAACCUCCUGUGGGGGUCCACAGGUUUGCCCCUCCAGAGCCCCUGGAACCUUGGAAUGGAAUCAGAGAUGCCACCACCUACCCACCUUCGUGCCUUCAGGAGACCUGGGGGCAGAUAACUUCCAUGUACUUAAACACCCGGAAACAAUACAAAUGGCUGCACUUCAGUGAGGACUGCCUCUACCUGAACGUGUACGCUCCGGGGCACGCCCCUGGGGACCCUCUGCUGCCGGUGAUGGUCUGGUUCCCCGGAGGCGCCUUCCUCAUCGGCUCUGCUUCCACCUACGAGGGUUCAGAAUUGGCCGCCCGAGAGAAAGUGGUGCUGGUGUUCCUGCAGUACAGGCUGGGCAUCUUGGGCUUCUUCAGCACUGGAGAUAGCCAGGCCCGGGGGAACUGGGGGCUGCUGGACCAGAUAGCAGCUCUGCACUGGGUGCAGGAGAACAUCGAGGCCUUUGGUGGAGACCGAAACAGCGUGACACUGUUUGGCCAGUCGGCAGGAGCCAUGAGCAUCUCGGGACUGUUGAUGUCACCCCUAGCUCAGGGUCUCUUCCAUCGGGCCAUUUCCCAGAGUGGCACUGUGAUCAUGAAAGUCUUCAUCACCCCUGAUCCACUGAAGGCAGCUAAGAAAAUUGCUCACAUGGCUGGCUGCAACCACAACAGCACAAGAAUCAUGGUAGAAUGUCUGAGGGCUCUAUCAGGGGCUCAGGUGAUGCAUGUGUCCAAGAGAAUGGCAUUCUUUCAUGUCAAUCUCAAGAAAGAUCCAAAAGACGUUAUAUGGUUCUUGAGCCCUGUAGUGGAUGGUGUGGUAUUCCCAGAGGACCCUGUGGUACUCCUGACCCAUGGAAAGGUCACACCUGUGCCCUACCUUCUAGGUAUCAACAGCCUGGAGUUCGAGUGGACCUUGCCUUUUCUCAUGAAGUUGCAGCUAACCCAGCACUUAAUGAACAAAAAAUUCCUCACAAGAUUUCUCUGGAGUUCCAGAACCCUGCUGAAUAUCACUAAAGAGCAGAUCCCACUGGUCAUGGAGGAAUACUUGAAUGAUGCCAUCGAUAAGCAUGACUGGAAGAUGUUCCGAAACCACCUGAUAGACCUACUUGGAGAUGCCACCUUCGUGUACUCCACGCUUCAAGCUGCCUGCUACCACCGGGAUGCUGGCUUUCCGGUCUAUCUGUAUGAGUAUGCACACCAUACUUCAGGCAUAAUUGUCAAACCUCGAACUGAUGGAGCAGACCAUGGGGAUGAGCUUUCAUACAUCUUUGGGAGCCCCUUCUCCAAAGGCUCAUCCACAGCUGAAGAAAAGGCAUUCAGCCUCCAGAUGAUGAAAUACUGGGCCAACUUUGCCCGCACAGGGAACCCCAAUGACAAGAAGCUGCCCUACUGGCCACGAUUUGAAGAGGAUGAGAAAUACCUGCUGUUGGAUUUCACUACAAGGGCAGGUGUGAAGCUCAAGGAGAAGAGGAUGUCCUUUUGGGGAAGUUUGCACCAGCCUCCAAGAUCUUAG